AUGAGGUUAUCUUAUGUAAGAGUGGUUGCAGCAUCCAAACAAAAAGAAUUAGGCUUACCAGUGGAAAGGGUUGGAGGUGUUAUUCAGAAACUGAAGACAGGAAAGCCUGAAUAUUUUCUGAAUACCAAUGGUGCCAAACAGAAGUUAAAUGGGUCACCUUUUAAGACAGACAGCCGCCUUAACAUCAAGGAUGCAUCAUGUAAAGUUGGGAAGUCUUCUGUUCCUUCUCCAGACCUUCAGAACGAUAAUGACGAAAGAUGUAAUUUUAGAACUUCACAUUCUGUUUCGAUUAAGAAUGUACCUUCUAUAAUCAACUGUCUCGAGUUGAAGGAAGCAAUUUCAGUUUUUGGCAAGGUCUCAAAGGCUUCCAAGAGAUCAGUUCCAAAUGGAUUUGAUUGUUGUGACAUUGAAUUUAAGAAAGCGAAGGCAAGGGAGAAAGCAUUAUCCAUGGGCCAUAUAACAGUAAAGGAAGUCUCUCUCCGUAUUUGGCCACUGCAGUCUUCAGAAACUGGUCUUGUGAGGAUGAAAGAGGAUGUUGUGGAUGCCUCAUUUAGUGUGAACUGCAGGACAGACACAGAGACCAUACUAAAAAAAUUGAACUCUAUAGUCGAGGAUGAUUCCAAAUGGUCAGCUCACUUACAACAUAUUGAGUCUCCCUCACUGCCAAUGACCGAAAAUGGCAAUGCUCGAGACGACUGGGCGCUUAAAAUUGGAUAUUUGGUUGACUUGGAAAGGGAAAUAACUGUGAAGAAGAUCUGUGUCCAAGACCUAGAGCAUCUGUAUCGUUGCAUGCUUCACCUUGAAAAUCGCCCUCCGAAGGCAGAUGAUAGCUUUCGACCAUCGAAAUAA